GGUUUUGAUUUACUUCAGUGGACGCUUCAAUGGCAAGUGAUGAGUGACUUGAGGGAGCAGCGACCGCUCCUGCGUGAAGACGUUUCCGACGAAGAGGCACCGGAGUUCAGGUUGCCUCGGCGCCACAUGGGCUAUAGAGGCAAAGCAAGGAACACUGUGAAGGGUGCAGCGGCUGUCAUAAAAAAUUGGCCAGAUUACUGGACGUCAUCUGUAACUUACUGGUGGAUUGGCUUAGGUAUGUUUGCCUUAAUGACCUUCGUACUAUAUAGUAGUGUAGUGACUUACUCUCUGCUCCCUACCACCGGCUCAGUGCCAAUACCGAAUGAUGAGACUAAAAGAAAAAAUACCUUACCUGAAGUAUUUAUGCAUGUUAUUGUUAAUAACGAAAAAGAAGUUGACUUAAACAAAUAUUUGCCUUAUGUAGAAAUUAUUGCGAACAAAUAUUUGCACUACCAAUUCAAUUUAAUAUAUUUGAUAAAUGAUACGCUUACAACUGAAAAAACAAUACGCUACGCUCACAGAAAUAAUGAAGAUGCUAUGAAUUCUCUAUGGACAGAGCACGAUAUACUUGAUUCCAAGACAGCCUCAGGUAAAAUAAAAUCAAAUAUUAUCAUACAACACGCCAGUUUAUCAAAUUAUUUGAAUGGUUCGCCUAUACAACAGUACUGGAAGCAGUUGCCAAACUACUUGAUUGGGUUUUUCUUAAGAGCCGUGUCGAUUUGGGAUAAAGGAGGCAUUGCUUUAAAUCCAGUUAUUUUGACACCAAGAUCUCCCGAUGCCAUAUAUAUAGAAAAGUUACAUGGCCUUCUUACAACGUACGUGGAGCGAAGAAAGCCAAAUGUAACAAUGGAUGUCAACAGUAAGGUAAAUGAUAUAGAAAUCCCUAAAACAUUGAAAAACCACAAACGAAAAAAUAAAAAGAAGGUGAAUAAUAUUCGCGAUAUAAUAGACGCCUUAGAAACCGAUAUGCCUGUGCUCCAGAACCAACCAGAAGUUUUAAGUGCAGCUGAAGACAGGCUGGAUCUGUUUAAUUUAGAAAUGGCACCAUCUAACCUUGAAACAGUCGUUUUAAACGAUAACUACGGUUCUAAUCUUACAAGCAAACCGGUGCUAGAUUAUAACCAAACAAGCAUUAAUGAAAACAAUCAAUCUAAGAUGUCGAAUUAUAUAUUACCAUAUUUUUUGGAUUUCUUAUUUCAUGAUAAAUCAAACAGAACCAAGCAAGAGGAAUCUGCUGAUGUCACUUAUACGAAAAGAAGUACAAGGGCCAUAUCGACAGAAUCAACUCAGGAGUCUCAAGGAAAUGACAAAACAGGAAAUAUAAUACAACCAAUGAUUAUUUCGGCACCAACAGAAUUUGAAAAGAUACCGUCUAAUAUAGAAGAUAAAGCACCGAGAAGUAUUGAUGUAGAAAAUUUAACUAUAGAUUUGAAAGGCAAUAUUUUAGCAACAAAAAGCUCAUGCCACGCGUUCUUAGGAAGUGUGUUCAGUAAUGCGAAGCAUCGGACAGAGGAAGAUUCGCUGAAAGAAUUUAUUAUCACAGAGUUGUCUUUAUUUUGUAAUGGCCUUUUAUCCACAUGCAAAGGUAUUGAUGUUAUUUUACUAUAAUUAUUAUUAGUGUUCCUAAUUUAUAGUUCUAUUUAUUUAUGGUUAUAGUGUAUUGUUUGUAUUUUGAUAAAGUUGUUAAUAAAACGAAAAUAAAGGUAAU